CUAGCAGCUACGCUGGACCACGAACUGUUCCACGCGAACAUCGCUCGCUCUGUCACAGUUCGCUCCAUCAACCGAGGAAGACAGAGGCAAACAGACAGAGAGAGAAAGUGUGUGUGUGUGUCUGUGCCCUUGGACUGUUACUCUCGUCAAGAUGAUUCAGGAUCUGCUGGCGAGGCUCGCCCGCGCCGUUGACCAGGCCUGGAUACCGUGGAAGAACAUCGUUGUUGGCUUUUCUGUCGGCAUCUUUGGUCUAGAGAACCUGCUGCUCUGGAGACAAUACGGCGUCCUCAAACGAACUGUUCGUCCUAAGGCACUCACUGCAGAAAUCGACCAGGAAACCUUUGACAAGUCCCAGGCAUACGGUCGUGCCAAAGCCAAGUUCAGCUUCUUCUCCUCCGUCUUCGGUCUCGUCACUAAGCUUGCCAUCAUCCACUACGAUGUCUGGCCCAAGGUCUGGUCGCUUGUCGGUACUCACAUCAUAACGCCUUACCUGUCUGGCACGCGCUUCUCCGGUGAGAUCACGCACUCGCUCAUCUUUUUCUUCCUGUUCGGCAUCAUCGACACGAUCAUAGAACUGCCUCUGUCGUACUACCACCACUUCGUGCUCGAGGAGAAGUUUGGCUUCAAUAAGAUGACGGUUGGAUUAUGGCUUACGGACAAGGUUAAGGGACAACUCCUGCAGAUUGCGUUCGGCGUUCCAAUCGGUGCGGCCAUCCUUGCCAUCAUCAAGAAGACCGGCCAGAACUUCUUCUACUACCUGUGGCUCUUCACGCUGGGCGUUUCUCUCAUAGGCGUCACCAUCUACCCGAUCUUGAUUGUCCCGCUCUUCAAUAAGCUCACCCCCUUGAAACCUGGCCCGCUGAAGGAGUCGAUCGACGCUCUGGCUAAGAAGCUCAAUUUCCCUCUCAGCGAGCUGCAGGUCAUCGAUGGCAGCAAGCGCUCUUCACACAGCAAUGCGUACUUCACCGGUCUGCCGUGGAAGAAGAAGAUCGUCAUCUACGACACGCUUCUAGAGCAGUCUGAUGACAGGGAGGUCGAGGCCGUGCUAGCCCACGAACUGGGCCACUGGAGUAUGAGCCACACGACAAAGCUCCUCGCCAUCAGCCAGUUCCACGUAUUCUACGUUUUCGCCCUGUUUUCGGCCUUUGUCAACAACAAGAGCAUGUACCGUAGCUUUGGUUUCGAGAGAGAGAUGCCUGUGUUGAUUGGCUUCAUGCUGUUCAACGAGGUGUUUGGCCCGACGGACUCGAUCAUCAAGCUGUUCAUGAACAUCAUUACCAGAACGUUUGAGUUCCAGGCCGACAACUUUGCCCUUAAGCUGGGCUACCAGGCCGAGCUGGCGCAGGCGCUUAUCAAGCUCCAGAUCAAGAACCUGUCUUCCAUGGAUGCCGACUUCUACUACUCAAGCUACCACUACUCGCAUCCAAUUUUGACCGAGCGGCUGAAGGCCAUCCAGUGGACGGGUGAGAAGAAGGCCCAAUUCAAGAAGGCGCCGGAGAAAGACGCGGCUGCGGAUCUCGCGACGGGUCGCGAGCUGUAACAAGUGCCCGGAUAGAGUUGUUUAUAGAAUGAGCCGAUCUUGGAACCCGCCUCAACACGUGCAUCUGUGUGUGCAACUUGUAAAAGGCUUGAAACACUUUGGCGCUGAACCAAGACACGGGCUCUCUCCGUAGACUGCACAUCUAGAUGCUACUAGAAAGCAGUGGUAAAAAAGUUGCAACCGUCGUCACUUCCGUUCUCAAUCUUCAGCCAUCUUCCUCCUUUUG